AAGCCGGAGAACAUACUGCUGUCGCACGCGCACUCGCUCCCCAUCAAGCUCGUUGACUUCUGCAGCGCUGCUCUCUUCCUCCCCGCGCCCGCCCCCACCACCGGGGCCACCAGCAGCAGCCACAGUGCCAGCACGGGGGAGGGCACGGGAGGGCGGGGAGGUGCUGAGGGACUUCAUGGGCACGGCGUUCUACGCCGCGCCUGAGGUGUGGCGGCACGCGUACGGCCCCCAGGCGGACGUGUGGAGUGCAGGGGCCGUGGUGGCCGUUCUGCUCACGGGGCCGCCUCCCAGUGGACUCACCUGCGCCACGGUGCACUCAAAUGCCACGUGGCAGGCCAUGCAGAGACCUCGCUUGCGGCUUGACUCCGUCUCAUUGGCCAUGUUGUUUCACCGCACCUUCAACCUUCACCAGCAUGUCCACCACCUCCCAGCUUAUCCCCACUCGACCCUUCUCUUACCCCAAUCCACCCCUCAUCAGAAAGGGAUAGUUCCAACUUUACCCUCGGAAACCUCACCAGCAGCGCGCUCGUUCCUGCGUGUCGUGUUGGAGCCCGACCCCUGCCAGCGCCCCUCAGCAGCCCACGCGCUGCUCCACCCGUGGCUGGCUGGCGCUGCGGCGGGCGCUGCAGGCAGUGGCGCAGAGGUCGCUUCAGGGGCCAUUGCAGGGGCCGUUGUCGUGACAGGGGAUGGUGCUGGCAAGUGGGGCCCGCCCGCUGUGGUGGCGCCUGGGGCGAGCGCAGGGGAGGAGCACACGGAGGCGAGGGCGAGGGGGGCUGCGGCAGAGAUGCCGGAGGAGGGGAUGGGGAAAGGGGGAGAGGAGGACGGGGAGAGGAGCAUUAAGAACGAGGAGAGCGGGGAGAGGGAAGGGGAGGUGGCGGCCAGACGGACGGGGCAAGAGGAAGAGGGGGUGGUAGGGAAGGGGCCAGCACAGGGAGGGGCGGCAGCAGAGGGGCGUGUGCGGGGGGGCGUGCAGCUGGAGGGGUCGCUGCGAGGCUUCCGCAUGUACGCAGCUACCAGGAAGCUGCAGCGCGCGUGCGUUGCCCUGCUGUCUCUGGAGCUCAGCGAGUCGGAGUUCCGCCAGCUUGUGCGCCAGCUGGCGAGUGCCACGUCAGCACCGGGCACGUCACUGGAGGCAGUGAGCGAAGCAGGUGGGACUGUGGAUGGGCAGAGCGACGACAGGGGUGAGCAGCAGCAGCAGCAGCAGCAGUGCCCCCCUUCGGCCAUGCUGUCUCUACCGGCGCUGCUGGCGAGUCUAGACGCCCUGGGGCACCAGCGGUUGUCACAUCAGCUCAUGGGCCUGCACAGCAGCGUCAUGCCUCACAGCAUGCUGGCUCACGUGCCUCCCACUGUGACGCUGCAAGCAGGAGCGGUGCAGAGCGGUUCUGGCGCUGCUGGUAGCAGUGCAGCGGGCGGGGAAAGGGAGAGGGAGGGGUGUGUGCGAGGUGGUUCUGGUAUCGCUGCUACGCUGGGGAAGCAGCGUCAGGAGCAGCAGCAGCAGCAGCAGCAGGGAGCAGCGACCACCUCUCUCACCCAUCAACCCUCGGUCCUGCCUCCCUCGUCCUCCUCCCUGGCCAUCCCUCCCGUGCCUCUGUUUGACCUGCUCGACUUCUCUGCCCUCGUGACACGCCACCACGACGUGCACCGCCUGCACCACCACCCCCACCCUGACCACCCCCCCCACCACCAAUCCGUCGCCCAUGCUGCUGCUGCUGUGCGGGGUGCUGCAGGUGGAGGAGGGAGGAGGGAGGGGAAGGGGAAGGGGAAGGCGGUCAGUCCGGAGGGCGGGGGCAAGAGUGUGGAGGGUGGGAGCAGCCAUCGUGGGUCGCGGCGGUUCUUAGGGCUUAUGAGGGAAGGCGAGGGCGAGAAGGAAGGAGAGGGUGACGGCAGUGUGCACGGCGGCAGUGUGCACGGCGGCAGUGUGCACGGCGGCAGUGUGCACGGCGGCAGUGUGCACGGCGGCAGUGUGCAUGGCGGCAGCCUUCACGGGUCACGGCGGUUCUUGAGUGUGAUGAGAGCGAGGGAGGGCGAUCAGCACGAGGGCGGCAGCAGCCAGCACGGCUCCCGGCGCUUCUUUGGCCUCUUGGGGGGCAGGGAGCAGCACAAGGCGAGUAGCGGGGCGGGGAAGGAGGGCGGGGCGGGGGGCAGCCAGCACGGGUCACGGCGGUUCUUCAGCAUGAUGCAUGGCAGCGGGGCGCCCAGCCCUGCAGCAGCAGGCUUGCCCAGCCCCGGAGGCAGCCUGCGAGGAAGCUUCCGCAUGGCCAGGCGCCUGGGGCUGCUGAGGGCAGGUGGGGAGGAGGGCGAGGGCGAGGAGGAGGACAUAGCAAGUCCUGGUGCCGAUGGCGAUGUGGUGGGCGCAAUGGGUGCCCGCAGUGCAGCCCCGCUGGCCCUGAGAGGGCCGCUGUCUCCGCGCUCGCCAUCCGCCACCGCUCACAGCGACAACGCUGGUGGGUGGGCGCGACGACUCAACGCCCGUGCCAGUGCGGGUGGUGCCGGGAUGACGUGGCAGUCUCCCGUUGGCCCGGGGAAGAGCCCCCUGGCCCUGGGUGUCUCGCCCCAGUCGGGUGAGCGGCAGCAGGGGCGAGGGGUGGUGGGAGAUGGAGCAGGCAGUGGUGCUGCUGCUGCUGGUGGCGUUGGUCAUGCGGAUCACGGUGGGUUACCGGGUGGAGUGGGCAUGAUGAGCUGCCAGCGAGUGCAGUCGUGUGUGGACCUGGCCGCCAUGGGUGGAGAUGAGUCCAGUCCUGCUGCAGGCAAGGCCGGUACCAGAGGGUGGGGGAGGGGGAGGGGGAAGGGGGGGUUCUGGGGCCCGGUGAAAGGGGGAGUGCAGGGCGGUGGUGGCGUGGGUGGAAUGAAUGGCAAAGGGACAUCUGUGCACGGAGAAUGCCUGUACAGGGAGUUUCUGCUCAGCGAGUGCACGCCUUGA